CCCAUUUUUGAUAGGCUUUCAUUUGGUAUAAAAUUCAAUGUUGAUAUCAUUCGUCGUUGGAGCUGUAACCCCCGAGCAAAACAUUUUUGGCAACCCUGUAUAAAGAACAGACAAACAUUCUUCUUUAUAUAUAGAAGAUUGAUAGAUCGAAGAUAUACAGACGCCUCCUUUUAUAUCCCACAUUCAGACCUAGCGCGGAAAAAGGUUAGGUAGUAGUAGGAUGUGGAUUUUCUUACAGUUGUAGAAAACUCCAACAUUUUUCAAUAAUUGGUCAAAAUUGCGGUAUAUCAUGACCUGGGUGAAAUUUCACUCAACUACCCCCACCAGUCGCGCUGGCCCCCUCUUGACCUUCCUCUGGAUCUAAGGAUAUGUCAUGGAAAGUUUGGCGCCGCCAGCUCUUAUAGGGACCAAAUGCAAUAAGAACAAACAGACAAACAAACAAACAAACAAACUUUCUUCUUUAUAUAUAUAUGCAAAAUUGCAGUGUAUGAUAACCUAGGUGAAAUUUCACCCACCCACCCACGGGGAGCGGGGGGGUGGUGACCCGUCUUGACCUUCCUCUGGACGAAAGGGUAUUCCGUGCAAAAUUUUAUUUCAUUUCGUCGUACCGUGCCUAAGUGAAUAGCGAACAGACAGACAGACAUUCCUCUUUAUAUAUAUAGAUUUGUGAUGUAUUUGUUUAAUGUAGAUUUGUCAAAUGAAAACUUUUUUACGAAUUUUAAAACUAGACACCUUGUAGGAGACAUGUCUACAUGCAGGACCCGCGAAAGUGGGGUGUGUAAAGGGGGGGGGGGUGCCCCCUCCAAUAAUUGAAAAUUAUUUAUUAUUAGCCACCAAAAUGGAUAGUAUUUUUUUGAAUCUGUAAAGUAUCUCCGUAAGAUAUUUUCACAAACAUCUUUCAGAGGUGUCGUGAGUGAAAAUGGAAGUCAGGGAAUGAUAUUUCUAUAAUAAUCGACGACUAUCGUUGAGAUAUCGACGAAAAGCAUGAAGUUCUAUGGCAAAUUGCAGAAAUUAGCUGGUUUUUUUACUCAAAACUCUGGCUUAAACGAUGAUUUUUGCUAGAAAAUUUUUAAAUAUUAAAACUUGUCGCUGCACAUAGAAGUAACCGUAUGGGCCGCCUCGCCUUGAAAAUAACUAUGAUCUUUCUGUUUCAUGGAAUACUUUACUACUUCCUGUCUCCUGAGCAACUUUUUUUGUGAGCAGUUGUCACUAGCGCGGCCAUCUUCAACGGGAAAAUUGCUGAGAUUUAGUGCAACACCUUUUGCUUUCGCGAACAAUAACGAAAAGAAGUUUUUCAGGAGUCUGACAUGAGAAAAGUUUUUGGUUCGCGAAAAAUAACAGCUGCGUGACCUCAGUUAACUUAGAAAACCUUCUAACUUUAGUCCAAUUUUCCUUCGAAAUAGCCUACUUGAGAACAAUCAUCGCCAGCGUGACCGCCUUCAGCAGUAGACGUAUGACGAAUUUUGUAAGAGGGUUGCAAAAAAUUUUCGCUCUGCGAAAAAUUGUUGCAGUUCAGGUUGCACGAGAAAAAUUAUCAUUAGGUCUGACACGAAAAGAUUUUCUUUUUCCCAAUUUGCCUAUCUCAGGACUCUUACAUCCCCCAUCGCAAUCCUGGGACUUUCGCGCGGGCUCUGCCUACAUGUUUAGCUUGAAAAGUAUAGUUUUUUUGAAAACAAUUAUUUUGACAGAGCGUUUAAUGCAUAUAUAAAAGAAAUUCCUUUUUAAAUCUUUCAAAGGUAAAGAGUUCUUGAAACCAAAAUAUUGCAUCAAUCCUAAUAUUGGAUAUCUAUAUCAAUCGUCGUGACGUAUUAAAGAAAGAAUGACCUUUAGAUGUGAACAGCACUAUAAUAAACAAAUUCUCGAAUAAAUCAUACUAAUCAAAACAAAAUAAAAACAGGAAAAAAAAUUGAUAUUCAUUGAUUGAAUAAUAAAAUAACAUGAAUUUAAGAUUUAAUUAGAUUUUUUUUAAUUAAAAAAUAAAAUUAUUUUUUCAGGAAGUUGUGAGACAUCAAUCAAUCUGAAUAAAGCACGUGCAAAAGUAUUUGCUCAUCUUAUUUCAAUGCCUAUUCAACUUAAAUAUCUUCUAGUUGAAAAUAUUGAAUGGAUUUUUCAUAUUGUUCAAUAUGCAUUAAAUGAUCUAAAAGAAAAAGCACUGAGUACUGUUCAAUGUGCUGAAUUUGGUAUUCCCAGUUGUAAUUAUGGUUCCAAUGAAUCGAUUCAUAUUGGUAAAAAUCUUGUAUCUUUUCUCAGUACUUAUAUGCCUCAUUUACAAAUAUUACGUCUUUGGCGACCAGAUGAUUUUCCUUGGACAUCUAUUCGACCCAAUAUUAUACCAGGAUACUUUCAUUAUAUUGAUGUUUCACAAUGGGUAGAAUCUUUAUCAACAUCUGAAUCGAUUGCUCAACAUGUAAAUGUUUUUGAAAAAGAUCUUUGUCAAUUAAUUGAAACAUUAAAACAACUUGUUUUUCUUGAUAUUCAUGGAAAAAUUGAUCGUGAAAAAGUUCAAGUAUAUUGUUCUAUGAUUAAAAAAUGUUUUUCUCAUAGCCAAGUGAAUGUUAAAUCAUCAAGAUUUCGCCUUUGGAUAUAA